AUGUCUAUCCAAAACCCUAACAAGAAGAUUCGCAUUGAAGGAGAAGCGGAAGAACCACAAAUCGACCGAUUGAGCAGUCUUCCGGACCACGUCCUUCACCACGUUCUCUCCUUCUUCAACGACACCCAAUUCUCCGUCCGAACCUGUGUCCUCUCCAGCAGGUGGAGAUCCCUGUGGAAGCACGUUCCCCGACUCACUCUCGACACGGAUUUCUUCAACAGCGCUUCAAGUUUCGCCAGGUACGUCGACGGAGUCUUGUCCUCGCGUCCCGACGGCAGUAACGUCGAUGAGAUACAUUUCUUUCACUUGGGAUUUUCCCUGGACAAAGAGCUGUUCCACAGGGUUGUGAAAUUUGCUGCGUCUAGCAAUUGUCAAGAGUUGAUAGUUUGUGUGGGCUAUGAUGAAAUUCUUGAGCCACAUUUGUUAGCUGAUAGCAAUCUCGGAACACUACGGUUCAGAUGCACAACUUUGGGAACGGGAUUCGGGUCUUGUGCUUUGAGCUCGCUGAGGGUUUUGGAUUUGGAUGAUUGCUGCCUGCCUUGUGGCAGCGCGGCUGACCUUGAUCCUUUUGCUAACUUUCCCUGCUUGGAGAAUUUGACAUUGUGUAGGUGUGCAAUGGAAGAUCGUCAAUGUUGCUUCAAGAUCUCCGGACCCCGACUUGUUAAACUCGAGAUAUCUGCGCUUUGUUGUUCUAAGUUGGAAAUAUUUGCGCCAGAGCUUAAGUUCUUCGAUAUCACGGAUAUGGCGAAAUCCCCAAUAUUGUACCAGUUAGCCCUUCCUUCCCUUGAUCACGGUAUAAUUUCAGUGCAUGAUAACGGCCGUGUUGAAAAGAACAAGGAAGAAAUGAAGGCUAGUUGCAUCAGCUUGUUACAGGGUCUGCACAAUGCGAGUUCUUUGAAUGUGCGUUCUCAUUUUCUAGAGGUAUAUUCUUAA